GUGUUUGGCUCAGAGCACCAUGAACGCGAAUUUCACCACCAACUUAUUCGGAGGUUACUUGCGCGUUGAUGUCGGACCCAAUCGCAAUCAGAUCCGCGUGCAGGCGAACCUACCGGACUGGAUUAAGUCGGUUACACCCAAGCAGGAGUACAUUGUUGAGAAAUACACUCUGCCGUCCAGCUUCUCAUCUCUCACGGACGUCAAGCACAUCAUCAUGUCCUUCAGCCCUUCCUCCUGCUACCCCAUAUACAACACCACCAAAGUAACCGCUGAUCAGGCCGUUCCCGCAUAUCUCAUGUCAGGCUCAGACAUCUGCCUCUCCUGCUACGUCUACCUCACCUUCUCCUUCCUGGACGAGGCCACGGCCAGCCAAAUCGGCAGCAUAUGCACGGAAACAGACAAUGGGAAGCUGCGCGGGUACGUCUGCUCCACGGACGAGGGCGCUGAGGUCACGGUGGCGCAGGCGUUUGGGAGUCCGCCAGUGGUGAAUGGCGGCGGGACGUCGGUGGGGUUUCUCUUCACGGAGAUGUUUGUGCGCCAGCCCGCUGGCUCCACCAUGCGCGUCCCCUCCAUCCGCGUGGACCCCCUGGCCAUGAAGGGAAUCGGGUACAUCAUGGUGCCAUCCAAGGGACCCACUCCUCUCCCUGGGGCCUUUGACGCCAUGCCCUUCAUUGCAGGCAACAACAGCAAGGCUGUGGGUGUGGGGCUAGUCUUCCCAAUUACCCUGGUCAGUCAGGCGUCGCUCGCAACUACCCCGUUCAGCAGCAACACAGUGCUGACAGUCACACCCACCGCCUUCCCUGCCCUCUCCAUGAGUGCUCCUGCCAAGGAGUCGUUGACUCUCAGUGCCAGCAUAAUCCCCCCUGCUGCCCCUGGUGCCGCUGCCGCCUCAUACAACCUCUCCUUGUACAUUGGCAAGGACGUGGUGUACCGCUCCGAACCGGACUAA